AUGAUUGGGUUAUUAGGAAAUAUUUUCCUGUCUUUGGUUAAAAGGCCUCUGAAAGAUUAUGUUAAAAGGUCUCUGAAAGAUUAUGUUAAAAGGUCUCUGAAAGAUUAUGUUAAAAGGCCUCUGAAAGAUUAUGUUAAAAGGUCUCUGAAAGAUUAUGUUAAAAGGUCUCUGAAAGAUUAUGUUAAAAGGUCUCUGAAAGAUUAUGUUAAAAGGUCUCUGAAAGAUUAUGUUAAAAGGUCUCUGAAAGAUUAUGUUAAAAGGUCUCUGAAAGAUUAUGUUAAAAGGUCUCUGAAAGAUUAUGUUAAAAGGUCUCUGAAAGAUUAUGUUAAAAGGCCUCUGAAAGAUUAUGUUAAAAGGUCUCUGAAAGAUUAUGUUAAAAGGUCUCUGAAAGAUUAUGUUAAAAGGUCUCUGAAAGAUUAUGUUAAAAGGUCUCUGAAAGAUUAUGUUAAAAGGUCUCUGAAAGAUUAUGUUAAAAGGCCUCUGAAAGAUUAUGUUAAAAGGUCUCUGAAAGAUUAUGUUAAAAGGUCUCUGAAAGAUUAUGUUAAAAGGCCUCUGAAAGAUUAUGUUAAAAGGUCUCUGAAAGAUUAUGUUAAAAGGUCUCUGAAAGAUUAUGUUAAAAGGCCUCUGAAAGAUUAUGUUAAAAGGUCUCUGAAAGAUUAUGUUAAAAGGUCUCUGAAAGAUUAUGUUAAAAGGUCUCUGAAAGAUUAUGUUAAAAGGUCUCUGAAAGAUUAUGUUAAAAGGCCUCUGAAAGAUUAUGUUAAAAGGUCUCUGAAAGAUUAUGUUAAAAGGUCUCUGAAAGAUUAUGUUAAAAGGCCUCUGAAAGAUUAUGUUAAAAGGCCUCUGAAAGAUUCUGUUAAAAUGCCUCUGAAAGAUUCUGUUAAAAGGCCUCUGAAAGAUUAUGUUAAAAGGUCUCUGAAAGAUUAUGUUAAAAGGCCUCUGAAAGAUUAUGUUAAAAGGCCUCUGAAAAAUUCUGUUAAAAUGCCUCUGAAAGAUUCUGUUAAAAGGCCUCUGAAAGAUUCUUUUAAAAGGCAUACGAAAGAUUCUGUUAAAAGGUCUCUGAAAGAUUCUGUUAAAAGGCCUCUGAAAGAUUAUGUUAAAAGGUCUCUGAAAGAUUCUGUUAAAAGGCCUCUGAAAGAUUCUGUUAAAAGGCCUACGAAAGAUUCUGUUAAUGGCCUCUGA